CAUGCUCUUCAGAGGCGGAAGUGCUCGGUGCAGCAGGGAGUGAGUCCAGUCCAGUGGUUCAGUGUCUGACAGACAUGGAGCGUCUCUGUUAGCCGCGGUGUGUCCGUCUGCGUUGGACCGGUUCAGGGCUUCAGUUCGUCUCUAAAGUCGCAACAGCUCAACAACAAUCCGAUAACAUGAUGCGUUUCAUGCUGCUGUUCAGCCGUCAGGGGAAGCUGCGGCUGCAGAAGUGGUAUACAGCUACAGCCGAGCGCGACAAGAAGAAGAUGGUGAGGGAGCUGAUGCAGAUCGUGCUCGCCCGCAAACCAAAGAUGUGCAGCUUCCUCGAAUGGAGGGACCUGAAGAUUGUCUAUAAAAGGUAUGCCAGCCUGUAUUUCUGCUGUGCGAUAGAGGAGCAGGACAACGAGCUCAUCACUCUGGAGGUGAUCCACCGCUUCGUGGAGCUGCUGGAUAAAUACUUUGGCAGCGUGUGUGAGCUGGACAUCAUCUUUAACUUUGAGAAGGCGUACUUCAUUCUGGAUGAGUUCCUGAUGGGAGGAGAGAUCCAGGACACGUCUAAGAAGAGUGUCCUCAAAGCCAUCGAACAGGCCGACCUUCUGCAGGAGGAGGACGAGUCCCCCAGGAGUGUGCUGGAGGAGAUGGGCUUGGCAUAGUACACGUCAGUGCUGAGAGAGACUGUAGAUACUGAGGUGGAGGGCUGGAUGAGAGGGGACGGGACAGAAUCUGGAUCUGAACAGUCUGGGACUGAGGACGUGUGGGGACUGAUCUACAGGGUUUACCUGGGAGGAGACUCGGUCAGGAUCCUUUCACUGACAGGCCCUUCAGCUCUGUGUGUGUGUGUGUGUGUGUGUGUGUGCGUGUGUGUGCUUGUGUGUGUGUGUUACAGGAAAUGGGGAACACUGAAACUCAUGUGUGCAGGGGGAUUGUGUGUUCAGAUGUUACAGUCCAGCUUUGCUGUCAGUGAGUUCAGAAGAGAACCACAGUGAGAACACAGUGGACACUGAUGUUAGAGUCACAGUGAGGCAGUUGAACCGUCUCACCUUGUGGUGUGUGAGGUUUUGGAUGUGGACUGGUCUGAGUAAUAAGAAAAAUAAUAACUGGACAUCUCUCCAGUCAAACGUCUGAUGUUCCUCUAGAUUUUCAUCAUAUCUCACGUAAAGACUAGAACCAAUCUCUGAACGUUCUCGACCCUGUCUGCUCUCAUCCCCAGUCCCUCUGGGUUCUACUUUAAUAUCUGAAAUAUUUAAUUAACAGGUCACAAUGUAAAGUCUCAUUUUUAAACCGUUCAUUAAUUUCCUACAAACAGCUGGACGCUGUCGUUCCUCUGUCACUCGUACAGGAGGAAACCGCGACUUUGUUGGGGACUAUUUUCAGUGGCGGAUUAAUCUAAAUUUGAAGCUGUAGUGAGUAUGUGGGGCAGCAGGACAGUGAUAAAUUAUAAUAAAUAAUUUAAUAAACAGUGGAGGUCUGAGGCUCAGAGGAGAAACACAGAUCAGGUCUUGGACACACACACACACACACACACAGUCCUGAGCCAGAUCAGGUCUGUGGUUGUUUUGGUCUGAGGUUUGUUGACAAUCAUAAAAAUCUAAAAUAUCAUCAGACCUCUAAAGAAAGAUUCUGUUUUUACAAACCUUUUGUCGUAGCCUUAUUCCUGUCAUAACAAGGAAAAUAACACAACAGGUGUGUUGAGAUUAAAGAAACAGAAAUCUAUCAGUCCUCCAUUAUUUAAAUCUGAAACAGGAAGUGACAACAUUCACCUCCAGUCUCUGAUGAUUUAGAUCGUGUGAUAGAUGAUAUGUGGAUUACAUCAUAAAGCCAUACAGUCAUUGAGUCCUCAGACCUGAGCUAUGAAGACCCCCUGACCCCAUAACCAACAGGACUGAGACCUGCUCAGCUUCCUGUGUUCCAGUCUCCAGCUGUUCUGUCACUGCUUCAUCCAGAUGUUGUUACAAUCAUGUUAUUUUAUUACAUUUAUCUGAACAUAUAUGAUGUUUUAAGAAUUUCUCAUGAAGGCGUAAAGGAGUUUGACUGUUUAAAUUCACUCUUGUGUUUUGAUUGGCUUAUAACAAACACACGUUACCGAGGGUGAUGAGCUGUGGGACAGUGAUCAAUGAACCAAAGACACCUGAGCCUAAAACAGCUGGUUAACAUAUGUACCAUCAGUGGAAUGAUGGACCAGCUGAGAUGGAAAUGUUGAAUCACGUCCAAUCACAUUGUUAGUUUCCUCCAGGAAGCAGGAACUGGACCUGGACCUUGUUCUGCUGCUGCUGGUUCUACAUGUUGAAACCAGAUUGACUUAAUUAAAUUAAUCUGAAUAUUAGACAAAUAUAGCUUCUGUCCUGUAGAGAUUAUUAGUGUUUUAAUGAUUCAUCUUUAUUGUGUAGUUGAUGAUGAUGUUGGUCUGAACUGAUGCAGCAGCUGCUGCUGGAGGGAUGAAGGUAAAGGAAAGAGCAGGAUCAGAAUCAGGUACUCCUCCUGGAAGAAGUUUCUCUUUAACUUGUUCUUCAUGUUCACUCAGCUGAGCUCUUCAGAAAGACAAGGGUUUCAAAAGCAAAGGGUUUGACAGGACCAGUUUUCACUGUCUUUAACACAUCUGGAACGAGUUUCCCUAAAUCCAGAGAUACGCAAAUGUAAACAGAUUAUUUUCUUCUUUGAUUAGAGCUUAAAGUACAAAAUCCAGUCACUGUCACCGUCACUGUUGAUACUGUGAUGGUGCAGCUACUGAAGGUGCAGCUACUGAAGGUGCAGGUACUGAAGGUACUGAUGGUACUGAUGGUACUGAUGACGCAGGUACUGAAGGUACUGAUGGUACUGAUGGUAUUGAUGGCGCAGGUACUGAAGGUACUGAUGGUACUGAUGGUACUGAUGGCGCAGGUACUGAAGGUACUGAUGGUACUGAUGGCGCAGGUACUGAAGGUACUGAUGGCGCAGGUACUGAAGGUACGCGUACUGUCAGUACUUCAUGAAAAUCUUUGAUGUAACAUACAGGUGGCUGUAAUGGUUCCUGAGGGAAAAAUGGUGGAUGGUUGUGAUGUGGGUCAAGGAAAGUUACUGUCUUCCUCAAUAAGUUGCUUCAAUGCAACCAUAUCAAAGUAAGGACUGACAUAAAGAGUUGUGUGUUUCUGAGGUUGAAGAUGUUGAGGAUGCUGUGAUGAAGGUUAAAGCUCUUACACGGUGAGCAGCUUGGUUCUCACUGACUGCGUCUGUAGUCGUCCCCACCCGCCAAUCAUUAUCACUCCUGCAGUGAUGCUGUUCCUGGAGUCUAAUUUAUUUGUUUUUAACUCCACGUCUGUGGCUGCUCCAAGUUUCCUGUGUCUAACAGCCUCCGAGCCUCAGCACUCCUCCUCAGAAAGAGUCAGAUUCAGGGGGUCAGCUACAGACAGGUGACAGUGUCCCCACCCACAGGCCGGAGGGGCCAUUGAUAGUUGGAUGGCAGUGAUGUGAAUCAUAAGCUAGCUGAAUAAGAUAACAGAUUUGUCCUCUGCUGAACGUCACAUGGCCUGCUGAUCAUGUUGACUCAGAGCUGAGUGAAUAUUGAACUGUAACAGUGAAACUGUUGUAGGUCCUGCAUCCAGGACACUGGUACACAUCCCAGACUAACUCUGAUGGAGGAAGCUCAGCAUCUGAACUCUGGCUGCUGUGGGAGUGAGGGCUCACUGUGUGGUGUUAGUGUUCACGUGUAGAGAAACAAAGAAGAAGAGAGGCAGAGUUAUGAUCUGCUGUGAAAGAAAGAUUGUGCACUGUGUGGACCAGAUUGCGGAGUGAUGUGUAGGCCAGCAUUAGGGAUAAAUGAGCUCUGAGGUCGUCGUCAGUGAACAUUAUAUUCAUGAAUCUGUCUUAAGUUUAAAUCAGAACUUAGACUGUGAUCUCAGAGUUUGAAUGUGUCCUGAUCCUGUCACACUAAAGGCCUCAUUUUGUUUAAGCAUGGUUAAUCCACCAGUUACACCAGUUCCAUCAGUAACAUCCUUUGCAUCAGUUACAUACAUUUAUCCAUCAAUUCCAUCAAUGAAUCCAUCAGUUACAUUAAUUAAUCCAUCAAUUCCAUCAGAUCCAUCAAUUACUCUAUCAGUUACAUCAAUGAAUCCAUCAAUGAAUCAAUCAAUUACAUCAGUUAAUCCAUCAAUUCCAUCAGUCAAUCCAUCAAUUACAUCAGUUGUUACAUCAGUUACACUGGUUUUUUCCAUCAGUUACCUUAGUUGCAUCAUUUCCAUCAGUUAGUCCAUCAGUCCCAUCAAUUACACCAGUUGUUCCACCAGUUCCACCAGUUGUUCGAUUAGCUAAACCAGUUCUAUCAGUUACAUCACUAACACCAGUUACAGCAGUUACACCAUUUCCAUCAAUAUCAUCAGUUACACCAGUUGUUACAUCAGUAACAUCAGUAACAUCAGUAACACCGGUCUCAUCAGUUCCACCAUGUUUCAUGUGUCUGAACCUCCUGACUGAGUCUGAUCUCUCUGAACUGAGUCUGUUGUUGAGUCCUGAUGCAGAUGGUGUCUCUGAAGGCACUGAGGUUGUUCACAAAAAUUAUGGAGGUAACAUUCAUACCCCGCCCACCUCCAUUAAUCAGACCAAGUCCCGUAUGAGGUGGGACCCAGCUCCUCAGUGGGUCCAGAUGUUUGAUUCUAAUCCUCCUUACCUCCUUCUUUAAACCUUCAUCCACUGUAAGACUGAGUCUCUGGUGGGUCAGACUUCAGUGAAUGUGGUGAUUGUCUUGUUCUUAAAUGACUUUAUGUAAAAGAAGAUUCUGGUUCCUUGAGGAAGAUGAGUGAUGAAGGUGGGGAGCUGCACAGGGCCGUAGUGUAGGAAGUGAAUCUGUUCUGCAGGAUAAAGGGAUCAAUGUGUGAAUGUAAUUUUAUAAAGAAAUAAAACAUUUUAAGCUAAAUUCAA